AUGAACAACACAGGAGAAGAAUUUACUACGUCAGCUAUCAACAUAGGUUUAGCUGUCGCCACGCUCCUUCUCAACACUGGUUUCGUUUUAAAAGCCAUCCAGUUGUGCGAGGAAUGCUUUAUUUUGCUCAGCAAUGGAGAUUUAGGCAAUGAGAGCGCAGUUACCAAAUUAUACCACCAACGCAUUCUAAGUUUAAAGGCAAAAGCUUGGUCUACAGUAUAUAAUUCAACGAGUUUUGAAAAACAAGUCAGAGAACAAUUACUCUUUUAUCAGGACUCUGAUGACCACGUCAUAAAAGGAUGGUUAAAUUUAUCACUGGCAAGAAUACUUCACAUCACCAAAAGGUUUCUGGAGGCUGAAGGAUUUUAUGACGUGGCAAAAAACAUUUUCAAAACGACUGGCAAUGCACGAAGAGAGUCAGAAUGCUACGAAAACCUAGGAUCAUUGUUCAAAUUGCUUGGUCAAUAUAACCAGGCCCGAGAGAAUCUGGAAAAAGCAAUUGCUAUCAACACAGAAAUUGCCGACAGAAAUGCAGAAUCUUCCUGUUACGUAAGCCUGGGAACAUUGUUCCGAUCGCUUGGUCAAUACGACAAGGCCCGAGAGUAUCUGAAGAAAGCACUCGCCAUUAAGAUAGAAAUUGGCCAUAGAGAUGGAGAAGCUUUAUGCUACGAAAACCUAGGAAUAUUGUUCCACUCGCUUUAUCAAUUUAACAUGGCCCGAGAGUAUCUGGAGAAAGCAAUCGCCAUCAAGAUAGAAAUUGGCCACAGACAUGGAGAAGCUUCAUGCUAUGGAAACCUAGGAUCAUUGUUCAUAUCGCUUGGUCAAUAUGACAACGCCCGAGAGUAUCUGAAGAAAGCGCUUACUAUUAACAUAGACAUUGGCCAUAGAGAUGGAGAAGCUUCAUGCCGCAGAAGCCUAGGAACAUUGGUCCAAGCGCUUGGUCAAUAUGACAAGGCCGGAGAGUAUCUGAAGGAAGCGCUUACUAUUAACAUAGAAAUUGGCAACAGAGAUAAAGAAGCUUCAUGCUACGGAAACCUAGGAACACUGUUCUAUUCGCUUGGUCAAUAUGACAAGGCCCGAGAGUAUCUGGAGAAAGCACUCGCGAUCAAGAUAGAAACUGGAGAUAAAGAUGGAGAAGCCUCAUGCUACGGAAACCUAGGAAGAUUGUUCGAAUCGCUUGAUCAAUAUGACAAGGCGCGGGAGUAUUUGGAGAAAGCACUCGCUAUCAAGAUAGAAAUUGGCAAUAGAAAUGGAGAAGCUUCAUGCUACUUAACCCUAGGUUCAUUGUUCAGAUUGCUCGGUCAAUAUGACAAGACCCAGGUGUAUCUGAAGAGAGCACUCGCUAUCGUGAUGGAAAUUGGCAACAGAGACGGAGAAGCUUCAUGCUAUUUAACCCUUGGAAAAUUGUUCAAGUCGCUUGGUCACUACGAAAAGGCCCAAGGGCAUCUGACAAAAGCACUCGCCAUCAUGAUAGAAACUGGCGUCAAAGAUGGAGAAGCUUCAUGCUACGGAAACUUUGGAAUAUUGUUCAUUUCGCUUGGUCGAUAUGACAAGGCCCGAGAGUAUCUUGAAAAAGCACUCGCUAUUAAAAUAGAAAUUUGCGAUAGAGAUGGAGAAGCUUCAUGCUAUGGAAACCUAGGAUCAUUGUUCAUAUCGCUUGGUCAAUAUGACAACGCCCGAGAGUAUCUGGAGAAAGCACUCGCUAUUAAGAUAGAAACUGGCCAUAGAGAUGGAGAGGCGUCAUGCUACGAAAACUUAGGAUCAUUGUUUAAGUCGCUCGGUCGAUAUGACAAGGCCCGGGAGUAUCUGGUGAAAGCACUCGCUAUCAAGAUAGAGAUUGGCGAUAGAGCUGGGGAAGGUUUAUGCUACGUAAACCUAGGAACAUUGUUCAAAUUACUUGCUCAAUAUGUCAAGGCCCGAGAGUAUCUGGAGAAAGCACUCGCCAUCGAGAUAGAAAUUGGCGAUAGAGAUGGUGAAGCUUUGUGCUACGAAAACCUAGGAAGACUUUUCUUUUCGCUUGGCAAAAAUUUCAAGGCCCGAGAGUAUCUGGAGAAAGCGCUCGCUAUUAAGAGAGAAAUUUGCGAUAGAGAUGGAGAGGCUUCAUGCUACGUAACCCUAGGAACACUGUUUACAUCGCUUGGUCAAUACGAGAAGGCCCGAGAAUAUCUGGAGAAAGCACUCGCUAUUAAGAUAGAAAUUUGCGAUAGAGAUGGAGAGGCUUCAUGCUAUGUAACCCUAGGAACAUUGUUUACAUCGCUUGGUCAAUACGAGAAGGCCCGAGAAUAUCUGGAGGUAGCACUCGCAAUCAAAAAAGAAAUUGGCAAUAGAGAUGGAGAAGCUUCAUGCUACGUAAACAUAGGAACACUGUUCCACUCCCUUGGUAAAAACUUCAAGGCCCGAGAGUAUGUAAAGAAAGCACUCACUAUCAGGAUAGAAAUUGGCGAUAGAGAUGGAGAAGCUUCAUGCUACGGAGACUUAGGAAUAUUGUUCCAAUCGCUCGGUCAAUAUGUCCAGGCCCGAGAGUAUGUGGAGAAAGCUCUCGCUAUCAAGAUAGAAAUUGGCAACAGAGAAGGAGAAGCUUCAUGCUUCGUUAACCUAGGAAAACUGUUCCACUCGUUUUGUCAAUACGACAAGGCCCGAGGAUAUCUGGCGAAAGCACUCGCUAUUUACAUAGAAAUUGGCCACAGAGAUGGAGAGGCUUCAUGCUACGGAAACUUAGGAUCAUUGUUCAAGUCGCUCGGUCAAUAUGACAAGGCCCGGGAGUAUCUGGAGAAAGCACUCGCUAUCAAGAUAGAAAUUGGCGAUAGAGAUGGAGAAGCUUUAUGCCACUUAACACUAGGAACAUUGUACAAAUCACUAGGUCAAUUUAGCCAGGCUCGAGAGUAUGUGGAGAAAGCUCUCGAUAUCAAGAUAGAAAUUGGCAACAGAGAUGGAGAAGCUUCAUACUACGUAAACCUAGGAACAUUGUUCAAGUCGCUUGGUCAAUACGACAAGGCCCGAGAGUAUCUUGAGAAAGCACUCGCUAUCGAGAUAGAAAUUAGCAACAAAGACGGAGAAGCUUCAUGCUACGGAAACCUAGGAACAUUGUUUACAUCGCUUGGUCAAUACGACAAGGCCAGAGAGUAUCUGGAGAAAGCACUCGCAAUCAAAAUAGAAAUUGGCGAUAGAGAUGGAGAAGCUUCAUGCAACGGAAACCUUGGAACACUGUUUCAUUCGCUUGGUAAAAAUUACAAGGCCCAAGAGUAUCUGGAGAAAGCACUCGCUAUCAAGAUAGAAAUUGGAGAUAAAGACGGAGAAACCUCAUGCUACGGCAACCUAGGAAGAUUGUUACAAUCGAUUGGUCAUUAUGACAGAGCCCAAGAGUAUCUGGAGAAAGCACUCGCUAUCAAGAAAGAAAUUGGCAACAGAGAUGGAGAAGCUCAAUGCUACGGAAACCUAGGAACAUUUUUUCAUUCACUUUGUCAAUAUGACAAGGCUGGAGAGUAUCUGGAGAAAGCCCUCCGACUAAGUAAGGAGAUUGGGCACAGCUUGAGUGAGUAUCGGUCUCUCUGUUCACUAGUGUUGCUGAAGGCAUCUCAAAUGGAUUUUGAAAAGGCCUCUUCGUACCUUUUUCAAAGCAUUGAAAAAUUUGACUCUGUACGAAGUUCUCUAAAAGACAACGAUCAGCUUAAAAUAUCACUUUUAGAGGCGUACGGCACCUUUCCCAACAAGCUACUCAGUGGGUUACUAUCUUCCACCGAAAAGCCAGAAGACGCUCUUUAUGUCGAGGAGCUGAGACGGGCAAGAUGCCUGGCCGACUUGAUGGCAACUCAGUACUCUGUCACACAGCAGAUAUCUAGCAAUCCCCAAACAUGGUAUGGCAUUCAGAAUAUUAUCACCAAAGGAGACUGUGCAUGCCUGUACAUUUCGGUUGAUAAAAAAUCUGUUCGGUUUUGGAUUCUCAAAGCAAGGAGAGCUAUUCUAUUUUUGGAAAGAGAGGUGUGUCUUGACCCAAGCAAGGUGACAGGAUUAGUCCCUGUCUUAGAUGAGUUUUUCUCAGAAAGCUUCCGCGGCCUUGGCAUUUUACCCGAAGAGAAUUGUGAAGAUCGAUCGUUUGGAGAUACCGACUCAAUGUCGCUUAAUGAUAAAAAUCGCGCACCCAUGCGUGAUGAUGAUGCUGCCAAAGAUAUCAAAACAAAUCUUCACUUGUGUCACAAGAUAAUCAUCGCUCCUGUGGCCGAUUUACUGCAGGAGCCCGAGAUCAUAAUUGUUCCCGAUUCCUGUAUGUACCAGGUCCCAUUUGCAGCCUUAAGUGAAAAAGGGGGCAAGUUCUUAUCAGAGACGGCCAGGAUCCGCAUCGUUCCCUCUUUAACGACUCUUAAGCUCAUUCAGGAGAGCCCCCCAGAGUAUCAUAGUCAGACGGGUGCACUGAUAGUGGGUGACCCUGAGGUUGGAGAGGUGAUUUACAAGGGACGACGAAAGACAAUUUCACAAUUGCCAUGUGCAAGAAAUGAAGCAUCGAUGAUUGGAAGACUUCUUGGCGUAACGCCUCUGAUUGCAGACCGUGCGACAAAAGAGGCUGUACUUGAAGCGAUAAACUCAGUGAGUCUCAUUCAUCUUGCUGCCCAUGGUGAUGCUGAAAGAGGGGAGAUUCUUCUUUGUCCAAAGCGCCUUACGCCUUCUUCUAUUCCAAGAGAAGAAGCCUACCUUUUGACGAUGGCGGACAUUUCACAAAUUAAGCUGCGAGCGAAACUGGUGGUACUUAGCUGUUGUCACAGUGCCCGUGGACAGAUUAGAGCCGAGGGAGUUAUCGGAAUCGCUCGAGCGUUCAUAGGAUCCGGUGCUCGCUCGGUGUUAGCGGCACGGUGGGCCCUGGAUGACACAGCCACAGAGCAGUUCAUGAAUUGUUUCUACGAACACUUGUUCCGUGGGGAAAGUGCCAGUGAGUCUCUCCACGAGGCCAGGAAGUGGAUGAGGAAUAACGGCUUUGAAGAUGUUUCUAAGUGGGCCUCCUUUAUGUUAAUUGGCGACAACGUGACUUUUGAUUUUGGAGAUUGGUGGGCGUCAACAACACCCGAAGAGCCUGGGGUAAAGUAA